AUUUUAGACCUGUUUUAUACUGAUAAACAACAACACAUUUCAGCUUGAAUCAAUUUUGCACUGCAAAAAAUGAUUUUCAAGAAAAACUUUUCUUAGUAUUUGUGUCUUGUUUUCUGUAAAAAUAUCUAAAAAGUCUUAAAUUAAGAUGCUUUUUCUUGAUGAGCAAAACGACCCAAGAAAAUAAGUCUAGUUUUUAGACCAAAUUUUUUUUAGAUCUGCCAAUGGGGUAAGCAAAAAAAUCUUGAACAUUUUUCUUAAAACUAAAUUCAAGAAAAAUUUCCUUACCCCAUUGGCAGAUUUUUUUUGCUUGUUUUAUACACAAAAUCACUUAAAUUGUAUAUUUUUGGUCUAAAAACUAGACUUAUUUUCUUGGGUCGUUUUGCUCAUCAAGAAAAAGCAUCCUAACUAAUGAAUUUUUAGAUAUUUUACUGAAAACAAGACAAAAAUACUAAGAAUUUUUUCACCUGAACCUGCUAAUCCCAAAAAUUUGAAGCAGGUGUGUUGAAGCAGGGUUGGAUCUAAAGUGGACGGGAGGGUAGAUCUCCAGAAACAGGGUUGGUGACCACUGUUUUAGUCCAACCUAGUAUGAACAUAAAAUAAAGUUAAUGUAUGAUUAGCAGCUAAUAGAGUCCAUACGGGUUAUUACACAACUUCAGUGAUGUGUUUACUCAGUCUCAGUAGAGACCUUUGACCCUGCUGUCUAUUGGCAGCCCCUCUUUGCAGAAUACAGACGUUGUAUUCUCACAGGUGUCUUACUGAACAAGGUGUUGAAGACCACUGUCACAGUCAUGGUAUUUGAGGAGGGUAGUGUGUUUCUGGACUUUGUUCAGGUGCUCACCAGUAACCUGCUGUGCGCAUGCGCACUGGCAGCAGUCGCGCUGGUGAUCGUGUGGUUCAUCAGAGACUCUUAUCACAUCCACAACAUCCAUGAGAAGCACGUGCUGGUGACAGGGUGCGAUAGCGGUUUCGGACACCUCGCAGCGCGGCAGCUCGAUCAGCGCGGCUUUCGCGUCAUCGCCGCCUGUCUAACGGAAGCUGGUGCCUCCAGGUUGCGCGCCGCCGCCUCCCCCACACUGAGGACGCUUCUGCUCAAUGUUACCGACAGCGCGAGCAUCAAGAGCGCACUGGAGCGCGUGUGCAUCGAGACAGGGGAUAGAGGUCUGUGGGGCUUGGUGAACAAUGCCGGUAUCUCAAUCCCCAUCGGUCCCACAGAAUGGAUGGAUCUGGAGGACUUUAAGAAAGUUCUUGAUGUAAAUCUGAUGGGCGUCAUUGAGGUGACCCUGAAGUUUCUCCCUCUCUUGAAGAAAGCUCGAGGCAGGGUGGUGAAUGUUGCCAGCAUACUGGGCAGACUUUCUCUCAUCGGAGGAGGAUAUUGUCUUUCUAAAUGGGGCGUGGAGGCAUUUUCUGAUAGCUUGAGGAGGGAUAUGUGUCACUUUGGCAUCAGGGUAAGUAUCAUUGAACCAGGUUUCUUUAGAACGCAAGUAACAGAUCUUGGUCUGAUUGAAGAUGAUCUAAAGAAACGAUGGAACGGUCUUCCAGCCGAGGUCAGGAGAUCCUACGGAGACUCGUACUUGCAGGAAUAUAUGAAGUGCCAGGCGUUCUCUAUGGGUAUUUUAUGCAGUAGCGACAUUUCCAAAGUGACAUCAUGUAUGGUGCAUGCUCUGUCAGCUCGUAAUCCUAGGACGCGAUAUGCAGCUGGUUGGGACGCUAAGCUUUUUUGGAUUCCUCUUUCAUACAUGCCUACCUGUGUAGCAGACUUCAUCAUGAGCUUACUUUUGCCUUUUCCCAAAGAGUCCUGAAAUCAUCACAAUCAUCCUGCCAUUGAACGCAAUGACAUAUUGUUCAAAUUGUGUUAUAUGACAUUGUUUGAUACUGUACAUACAUACUGUAAGACAAUUAUAGGCAGAAAAAUAAAAAUGACCUGCACAUUAAUUUAAAAACAAACAAAUUUAUUUGAUUUUAUUUCACAGCAGCAUCAAUUUAUUUCCAGUUCC